AUGAAGGAGAUUGAAGUGGAAAAGAUUGUGCUUGACUGCACAGCGCAGCUCUACUUCGACGCCCUCUACGCCGGCGAUGCGGCCAUACGGACCUUCCAUGCGGAGGUCAACGGGGACCCCGCCGCGCUGGUGGGCCGCUGGAGCGAGGCGGGCGUGCGGACGGUGCAGUUCGUGAUGCCCAUGAACGUGCCCGCCAUGCUGAAGAAGUUCAUUGGCAAGGACAGCGUGCCGGUGGUUGAGACUCAGCAGUUGGAGUGGUUGACUCCGGGAAAGGCCUUCAAGGUGGUUUCGGAACCGCAACUGAAUCAUGGCAUCAUCGCAUUGGCAAGGACGGCCUCUACCUCGGCCUGCAUCCUGCUGGGCGGUAACUUCCUAACCCUGGGUAGGGGGAGAUCACGGAGAUUACCCGGCCGGGGGGGAACCCCCGGGGGCGGGAGGGUUGACCCGACAGUGGUGGCAGCGGGGGUUACGGGCGGGCUGGGGACAGGGAGGGAAGCUCUCGACACGACAUGUAGGUUCCCCGGCGCCAACUCGUUCACCACCUCGGGCUUCCUGGAGGUUCGGAGCUUGCCGAAUGGAACAUGCCAGGUGAAGGCGCUGGUACGGUGUUCCGCAGCCCUGCCCUGGCCCGUACAGGCUACGGUGGAGGGCCUUAUGGCCGCUGAGGCCGCACAAUCCAUUGGAACCUUCCUCGCUUUCUGUCAGCAGUUCUACGACAACUGGCGAGCAGAGCAGCUGCUACAGCCCGAGCGCCCAGCUGCUGCCGCCAGCGGUACCACCGCGGCAGCAGGCAUUGGUGGCGCCGGCAGUGGCGGCGAUGUGUUUUUCGAUGCAAUUGAAGACGAAUCGGAUUUGCGGAGCGUCGCCGGCGGCGAGGGGGAGAAGGGGGAGACGUCAGUUGUGCCGUACCAACCGCCACGGUUGGAGGACAUUAUCGUGGACUGUCUACGGCAGAUCCAGUCGUCCAGUGCGGAGACUGCUCGUUCACUCCGAAACCUGGAGGAGCUGCUCCGAAACAUGGACGAGAACAUGCAGGCGCGUUUGUGUAUGUACGAUAUCGGUUCGGGACGGGCGGAGGAGGAGGAGGCGGGGGAAAACCAAAAACCGUUGUACCCGUGUUUGUUGUCGUCGGCAGCAUCAUUCACACACACGUGCACCAAAACUGCAAAACCGUCAAAACGAAACCAGGAAUACGCGGACGUGUGUCAAUCACAGCUAGCCUGCAGUCGGUGGCCAGGCCGCCGUGUCCAGGAGUGUCUUCAAGAGGAGUCAAGUCAAACCUUGCCGCGGGUAAAUGUUUAUGCAUCUCCUCAUGGCUGUAUUACCAAGCAAUGCGUGAUCUGUCCCGCAACUUCUCAAUCCUACACUAGGUGUCACACGUUUCUGUCCUACUAG